AUGACAUCACCAACAGUAGAAAAUUUUAUGCUCAGCAUAAAGUGCAAGAAAUAAGGUCAUGAAACCCAACCAAUUAUGUAUGUUUGUAAUAUUGGUACUUGCAAGGAUAGAUUAGCUUGUGCUACUUGCAUGGUUUCUUCCCAUUCACAUCAUGCGAAGAAUUUGUAGAAUAUUAGAUAAUAUUUGUAAAAUUACAUAAAUCUUGAAGAUCAAAGAGAUAAAAUUAUGAAGGAAAAUUUGUUAUAUGCUGCAACAGAGGCAAAUUAAAAUAAAUUGUUAGAUGACAGGAAAGCUUUCGAAAGUGUAGUUUAAAAUAGCUUUGUAGAUCUAAUGAAACUGACAAAAAUAGUUUAUGAAAAUGCACAAGACAAAUUUAAAAUUCAUAAUAAAUAAAUGUACGAUGCCAUUGAUAAUGCAGUCGAAGAAACAAAUUAAAUCCUUAACAGAAAGGAUCCAACAACAAAGCAAAAAAUUGAAAAAUGUCCUGGCAAUAUGUAUGAUAACGUUUCUGAUCUUUGUGAAGAUUUAUUGAAAAACACAAGUCUCAAUUCAAUCCAAAGCUUAGAAAUAAAAGACAAGGUUAAAAAGCUUCCAGUGUUUGACACCGCAAAAUUCAAGAAGAUAAAAGAUGAAAUUCUAGAAUACAUAAAAGAGAAGCUAAAAUAACUACUAGAGCAUCAUGAUAUCAAGAUGAUAGAUUUGUCAUGGCAUUCAAGAUCAGCUGAAAUGUUGAAGAUGUAUGUUGGUCACACAGACCAUGUUAUGGAUAUGACUGUCUUAAAUGACGGAACUCUUGUUUCUUGUUCAAAAGACAAGACACUUAGAUUUUGGGAUACAGAAACUCACUAGUGCACUUAAACAACAGAUUUAUUCGAUAAAAACUUGAAUGCUAUUGCUACUAUGCCUGAUGGUAAUAUUGUAGUUGCUAAAGAUAACGUUAUCAAAUUUUACAGUGCUGCAAAGAAUGAACUUGAAAAAGCUCUCACAGGUCACGUAAAAACCAUCCUUGCACUGCAACCACUCCCUGACGGCAAUCUUCUUUCAGCUGGUUAAGAUUAAGUUAUAAAGCUUUGGAAUGUAAAGACUGGCUAGUUGUUAAGAUCUUAUUAUGGUCACGAUGAUUACAUUAGAAGAUUGCAUUUAACAAAGGAUAACAAGAUUAUUUCUUGCUCAGAUGACAAAUCAGUUAAGAUUUGGGAUCUCAAAACUGGUGAAAUCUUGAACUCUUUUGACUCUAAUAAUGAUUAUGUUUAUGCAAUUGAUGUAAUGAAAAAUGGUUAUGUGGUGACGGGUUCGAGAGAUGGUAUGGUCUAAAUUUGGGAUCCUGAAAAGAGUGUUAUGGUCUAAAAAUUCAAAGCUCAUAACUCUUUCAUCUACUCUCUGGUUGUGCUCACGGAUAAUACUAUAGCAACAGGAUCGGCUGAUAAUACUAUCAGAAUUUGGAAUCCAAAAACAGGUGACAUGAUUAGGAAGUUAGAAGGACAUAAAUUCCCUAUUAGACAAUUAAGAGUUUUACAAGAUGGUAACUUAGCAAGUUGUGCAGAAGAUAACAUGGUUAUUAUUUGGGCAAGUAAAAAGCUUGAAGUUAUUCACACUUUCUAACAUGAAAAAGCUGUUUGGACUGUAGCUUCUCUUCCUGGUAAUAGAUUCGUCAGUGGUAGUGAAGACAAAUCUAUUAAGAUUUGGGAUGCUAUUAAAGGUGGUCCUGCUAUAGCAACUAAAACAGACCAUACUGAAUAAGUAAGAGCCGUUCUUUAUAUUGGUAAUAAUAAAUUUGCUAGUGCAUCAAGCGAUAAGACGAUUAAGAUUUGGAAUUGCAACGAUUAUUCUCUUGUUAAAACUAUCACAGGUCAUGAAGGAGGUGUGAGAUCAUUGAGUUAGCCUCCUGAUGAACCUGAUAAAUUGAUUAGUGGUUCUGAAGACAAAACUGUUAAAGUUUGGGAUAUAAACUCUGGUAAUUGUUUGCAAACACUUUAAGGUCAUGAUGAUUUUGUCAGAGUCAUUAAAGCCAUAUCAAAUUAAAAGAUAGCAUCGGGAAGUAGAGAUAACACACUUAGAAUUUGGAGUCUAUAGACUUCUCAAGUGGAAACUAUUUUAAGAGGACAUCAAUUGCCGAUUUGGUCAAUUUUAGAAAUUGAACCUGGUAAAAAGAUGGCCACAGGCUCUUCAGACUACACAAUUCGUAUUUGGAAUAUGGAGACAAAUAAAACUAUUCAAUAAUUACAUGGACAUACAGGACCAGUAUGGUGCUUGGUUAAACUUUCUGAUACGAUUAUUGCUUCUGGUUCUGAAGAUUGUAUGCUUAGGCUUUGGGAUUGGGAACAAGGAGAUUGUAUUAGAAGUUUACUUUCACAUUCAUAUGGUAUUUGGGGAUUAGCAAUAGAUGAAAGUGAAAAUGUGGCGACUGCAUCUUGGGAUAAAACAGUAAAAGUGUGGAAUGUUAAAAAGAGAGAAAUAAUGGAGUGA